AUGUCCGGCUUCGCAACAUCACGACUAGCCGCGGAACGUAAAGCGUGGCGCAAAGGUCAUCCAUAUGGAUUUGUGGCUCGCCCCAUUAAGAACCUCGAUGGAUCGCUGAACCUCUUGACGUGGCAGUGUGCCAUUCCCGGCGAGAAAGGAACGGCCUGGGAAGGUGGACUGUACAAGUUGAUGGUGGAAUUCAAAGAUGACUACCCGUUCACCGCUCCGAAGUGUGUAUUCGAGCCACCGUUGUUCCACCCGAAUGUGUUUCCAAACGGUACGGUUUGUCUGUCGUUUUUGAACGCACGAAGUGAUUGGCAUCCCGCAAUCACAAUUAGACAAACUUUGCUCCGCAUACGAGAGAUGCUGAAUUACCCCAACAUCGACAACCCGGCGCAGGAGGAACCGUACCAAUUAUAUCGUAGUAACCGGGAGGAGUAUCAGAGACGUGUGCGUGAACAGGCUAAAAUGAUGUUGGACAUACAAUAA